AUGUCACUUAGUGGCGUCCUCCACCUCCAGUCUCAUGACCGAAGGAGGAUGUACUACUGGGUUGGGACGUUCUCCUGCGUCGUUGGAUUUCUGUUGCUGAUAGUUUUGCUGUUGAAGAAUGUACUGCGUGACCAAAGGGUGGUGCCGUCUUUUAUUGCAGGGUAUUGCGCCAUAUUCGCCACCAUUUUGUCACUGUUUCAAAUACUCGAGCACCUGGUUUGCUUCUCCGACCCGGAGUGCCAGAUGAAGGUGGUGCGUAUCCUCUUCAUGGUGCCCUUGUACGCCAUGAUCUCGUGGAUAUGCAUCCUUGCCCCAAACGCUGCAGAGUAUCUCAACCUAAUUCGUGACGCUUAUGAAAGUUACGCCAUCUAUGCCUUCUUCCAGCUAAUGUUGGCUCUUAUGGGAGGUGUGGACACAGUGUAUCGGACUCUCAUGUUGGAGGAGCGGCCACCGAUACAGCAUUUUUUCCCCUUCUGUUGGAUGGAACCAGUGAAGGUGUCACCGACAUUUGUGCGUAAUUGUCGGUUGUGCCUCUUCCAGUUUAUGGUGGUGAAGCCGCUCGUGACAAUGGUUGUGAUCAUUCUAACAGCGAAGAAUGAGAUGGGUAGCAUUUUAGAUGUAAGUAAGGGUUCCUUCUGGACGACACUUGUGUAUAACGCGUCGAUCACGAUAGCCUUUACUGCCCUGGUUUAUUUUUACACAGGGUUGAAGGAAUAUAUGGAGGGCACCAACGCCUUCAUGAAAUUCCUGUGCAUUAAAGUGGUAGUUUUUCUCUCGUUCUGGCAGGGCAUUCUUAUUCAAUUGCUGUCUGCGACGCACAUGUUGCCCAGCUUCCAGUACUGGUCGGAGGACCGGGUGUCGGAGGGGCUCCAGGAUCUGUUAAUUUGCGUGGAGAUGUUGUUCGUGGCCUUCGCGCACCGUUACUGCUUCGGCAGCGACGCCUACGCCCCCGCCAGCGUGGUAACGAUGGAGGAAGGUGUGGAGGACGCGCUGGAUCCGGAGGGGCCGGUGCCGGCGCAACUCCGUACCAUCCCGCCAAUUCGGUACAGCGUGGUGGCAAAUCUCAAGUACACACUGAAGCACGAAGACAUUAUUCAUGAUCUGAAGGCGAUCGUGCGUGACCGUUAG